UACAUCAUUUCAUGGCCCAACGAACCUCGACACAAGACGCUGGAAUACGUCCUCAACUGCGUCUUCAUCUUCGUACCGUACUUGGUCGUCACAAUUCUUUGCUUCGUCUACCGUGUGGCAUUCUGGACCGAAACAGGAGUCUGCAUCAUCGGCCUGCAGAUGUUUGUGUUACUGCCAUUGCUUUGCGUGGAGGUUCUCUCAUACCUCUACCUUGCGCUGCGCUUCCUCUAUCCUUUAGUCAUGGUCCAUCGCGACGGCCAAGGAUUGCUGCCACCGCUCAAAAGAGUCAUGGUUCGGACUACCAUUGGAACAUUCGUCGCCAUGAUAUCCACCUUCACGGUCAAGCUGUCCCUGACAUUCUUCGAUGGCGAACCAGCCUGGCUCUGCUGUAUGAGCUGCAAAGUUGAUGCUCUUAUAUCCGCCAUCGUCCUCCAUUGGGUCACAGCGCCGGACAAGACCGCACAUCAAGAGCAGGAUACACCACAGGCUUUGGGGCUCGCUUUAUCAAGUGACAAGGGGGGGUCGACAAUGCAGGACACGAAUCAGGAUUCGGAAUCGAGUAAGACGGGGGUGGAGACGCCGAAGAGGUAUGCUCUGAAGGAUAUGUUGUAG